AUGGCAGCUGUAGAAAAAAGAAUUGACCUUGGGCCGGACGACAAGGAGAUUGAACGUUUGACGGCACAGCACAAAAUUAUGAAAUCGUGUUAUGAAAAGCUGAUACUCGCACCAAUCGACCUUUCCAAGCCAGGACUUCGUAUUCUAGACUCGGGUUGUGCAGAUGGACUCUGGUUGAGAGAGGUUCAGCCAUUGAUAGCUUCACCUCAUUCCCUGAUUGGCACAGAUUUCAAUCCAAAUCUCUUCCCAUCUGAUCCGCCUGGACAGAUCAUGCACCAAGCACAAGAUAUAACGAAGCCCUGGCCAGCUGACUGGGCCAACAGCUUCGACUUUGUUCAUCAGCGGCUUGUACUAGGCGGGUGUGGUCCGUUUGGCCCGGAGAAAGCUGUCAAGCAUAUGAUCGAACUAGUGAAGCCAGGUGGAUGGAUACAGCUGGAUGAGAUGGACUUAGCCGGUGAGCAACAGCUUCCAGGAAUGGGCGGAGAACUCGGGAGAAUCAUCAGAGCUGUAUUCGAAGCAAGCGGAGGACAGUGGGACUUUGCCACGAAGAUGAAGCAAUGGAUGAUCGAAGCUGGUCUUGAAAAUGUCGAGGAGAAGACCAUUCAUGUUGCUUUCGGGAAGUCAAAUCCAGAUCCAGAGAUUGCAAAGUUGGGAAUCUGGAGUCUGACCACCAGCACGAAAGCUCUGUGCUUUGCUGGAAAGACAGAAAUGGGCAUAAAGGGAUUCACGGAAGCAGAGCUAGACUCGAUGGGUGAAAGAUGUGAGAAGGAGCUGAUUGAAACCGGAGUAGAUUCUCCUAUGCUUUCAGUCUGGGGCCGGAAACCCUUAUAA